ACACUUUAAUGAUCCCAGCGUGCAGCCGCAGACUUUUCAGUAUGGGAGGGUGGGAAUAUUUAAGGAGACAUUUUGAUGAUUAGUGCAUAUUUUAGAUGUGCCAUUGAUGCAACAAUGCUCUCAAUUGCUCUCUCUUCUGUCUGCAUAAUAUCCUUGCAGUACAGCAGAUUUUUAUUGCUCACUUUUUCUCACACGAUAUUUUAUUUUGACUUUCUGUCUAGUCAGAACCUAUUUUUACAUAUCCCGCCUAAUAGCAAGCUGCAUUCUUCUGUCUGGUUUUUGUUGUGGUAAAAUUGCUCAUUCAGACCACUGCAUCUCCUUGUGCCAAUGCACACAGAAGUGUGAUUAUAAUUUGAGACCCGUUGUCUAGCGGCCCUCUCCAACUGUUAAGACUCACACAGAUAGUGUAGCGACAUUAUGAGAGGAGAGAGACAUAUAAAGAUGAUGCCACCAUGACACUGACUGCCUUGGCAAAGAUUCUAUUGCGACCUCCAUAAAAGAUGCUCAUCAACAGGAGGAUGUUCAGCUAUUGUUGUCAUAUUAUGAGGUAUACUGGAUUACUGUAAUUUCUGGGCUCAAGAUAGCUGGAGAGGGGAGGGUCUCCCAGAGGUCAGCUAGCUUCAUCCCACUGCACACAAAGAAGCCGAAAGGUGUUUGUUGUCGUGAAUCAAAGAGGCUCAUUUCCUGGAUUAAUGAUGUCACCUAGUACUCAAUUCACACAGGGUUCAGAUGGCUGCUAGUUGCUAUUAAUUAGUGCACUUUUGGCAUCGCUCUGGAAGGGUGGUUACAAUUAACUGCCUCGCUUAUGAAGUCAGACUGUGGUCUUCCAAUGUGGAGUUUGCAUGUCCGCCUAUAUCGCCGAAGCAAUUUGUUGACCAUUGCUUCGUAAUGUUUCAAUAUAAAAAAAUAAUAUACUUUUUUCAGGGCUUUUCAGAUCAAUUGGUUUGUUUACCUACGCAACUACUUUGCUCAUCUUUUCUGGUUGCGAUUCAAAAUCGCAAAAAAAAAAAAAGUCAGCAUUCCUCAAGUGACUGGCCACUUAGCUCCAGACGAAGGUGCGCACACAUGCCAGCAUAUGCAGACCCCUUCCCCCUAGCUGGGUUCUAAGCUUGGUGUGCGUCACAUGCUCAACCCCUCCUGACUUGGGUCAACCCCCCAGAGCUUCAACACCACUUGGUGUGGCCUGCUGUCAUUAAACUACAACGGAUUAGUGGUAGACUGCAGCCCACAGCUCUGUAGCCCGCUCAGCCCACCCUGAACUUCGCUCCAUCUGGGCUGGGACGUUUAAAAGCAGGCACAGUCCAGAGAAAAUGUGCAUUGAGAAUAACAUCAUCAAGCAACUACAUUUGGAAUUGAAUCCUGCAAUGGCAUCAUGAGGCCUUGAGACCACGCAAACAGGAUGACUGGUGAGCAGGCGGAAGCGUGGCGGCUGCUUGGAGCCCAUUCGCAUAUACUUUUCCGAGAAUGAAGAAGAGGGUCAUCAGGAUGGAAGAGACGGUGCGGUCGCUGCUGCAGAAUCAAGGGCUGGUGGAGCAGACGUCAUCAGACGCGGUGGACAUCAUGAAAGUCUAUAAAGAGAAACUCUCAGAGGAAGUGCAGAAGCAGCAUGAUUGCCCAGAGGAGAACAGCCCCCUGCUGGCGACUCAGACGGAGCCCGCGUCUGCUACGCAGCCGCUCAACGAUGCCAGCCAAACUGACAAUAACGAUGACAGAACCAAGCUUCUGUUGGAACGCUUAAAGACCCUCGAGGAGAGGAACUCCGUCUUGGCGUUGGAGAACGAAAGCCAGAGAGAGCAGUAUGAACGCUGUCUGGACGAGGUCGCCAAUCAAGUUGUGCAGGCACUUGUCACCCAGAAGGACCUGAGAGAGGAAUGUCUAAAGCUGCGUACUCGAGUUUUUGAUCUGGAGCAACAGAAUCGGGCACUGGGCAUUCUGUUCCAGCAGCGUAUCAAGCCCACCUCGGAGCUGCUCCUCCAGAAACUCCAGUCACGGAUCAUGGAUCUGUCUGCGGCUGAUUUGCUCCAGGAGCCCGAGAAAAGCAAGGCUUUCUUACUAUCCAGAAACACAGAUUCUCCUUCAAAUGAUAUGCAGUUGAAUGGAAAGUCAGGUUUGCCCAUCACCAAAUGUCUAAGCCAGCUGAGUCUGACGGCGCCGAUGCCAGUUUACCCACGCAGCAGCUGUAGCAGCAGUGAACUGUCCUUGUCAAGUGCAUGCAGCGAACUUUCUAGUGGCUCCUACACCUGGAACGAUAACCGCUCCGCCGGGAAAGUGCACUCAUCUCUCACCUGGGAAAAGAGGCUAAAUUUGGGUUCUUCUGCCCCAAGUAACAUCAGUGUCCCACUGGAAGAACAGACGUCCACUAGGCGCAAGGAGACCAAAAUUCUAGCGGGACUAAGAAAAUUACAGAGGAGAAAGCACAGGUCCUCUUCUUCUUCCAGGAUCUCCAAGUCAGGCUACAAAGAUUGCAUGAACUCCAACGAGGGCAUCUACUCACUUGGCAUCAAAAGUAACAGUAAAGGUGUAUCUAAGCCUACCCAUGUUGGAAGAGCAUCAGCUUUUAUAGGAAAAAAGUUUUUGUAUGAUUCUGAUGAUGCAGAUGAUGAGCUUGUGCAAUCUGGCCAUGUAGCUGAGAUCCCGACAAAGGACAGCUGGUUCCACAGCAGGAAUGCCUCCAACAGCAUCUCUGACACUCUGUGUAGUUGGGACAGAAUACAAGACAGUUCUACUGUAGGGGACAAUAGCUCUGGCCUUGUGCCAACGAAACCUCCUGCUGAAUUUGACUCGAAGGAGCGUCCAGAGAAACUCACUAGUUUCCUCAGCAGUUCCCUUACAGAAGAUGGACGGCCAUCAGCUUUCACUCGAGUGCUGCAUGUUAGCACACCAGACCCCGAAGGCUCCAACUGCCUUUCAGAUAUGGACGAUCUAGAAGAACUCAACUGUGAUUCUAGGGAUUUGCAGGUGCCCUUAAACCAUCUAACAGAGCAAGCAGAGAGGAUGUCUCGGGAUACUUCCAAGCCACUUAUGGCACGAUACUUGCAUAGGGACCAAGUACGAACCCAGUCUGCAGAUGGGCGACCCGAACAUGUCAAGGCACUUAAAGGGGCAAAUGAUUAUCUAUCUGAGGACAGCAUCUCCACAGUAUUUGAUGCACAAGGCGAGCCAAUUGAAUUAAGUCCCCAGAAGCGUACCAAUGAUUCUGGUUCCAUAAUUGAUACUCCAGUUAGCAAAGCAGUGGAUAAAUACAAUGAAUUAGCCCAUCAGGAAAGUCCAACUAGGCAGAAGCCCACAAAUACGGGAAACUUGACAGUGUUUGAUUCUCCAGAGAAGCCAUCUGAAUAUCAGCUCAGGACUAACAAAACAAACCAUAGUAGGGGGGGAAAUGCAGAUCGGUUAUCAAUGCCAUUCACGCCACAGAGGAAGUUAAUCAACAGUCUAGGCAGCCGAGCUGAUAAAGGACAUUCUAUCCCGCCCCUAAAUGACUCUGCCAGUCUCAUGUCUGGUGGCUCAAAAUUACGAGGUUGUAGUAAACCUUCUGCACCGUCAAUCAGACAGUCAAAGGGCACUACCACUGAGCCGAACAAGGGAAACUCAGGAACUUCUGGUCAGGUGAAAACACCGCCACCUCCAAUCACUAAAGUAUCCAGGUUCAUCAAGAGCUCCCACAGCUCUAAAGUGGUGAACUCCAAGCAACCAAAUAGGUCUGAAUGGAGUAAGGGGUCUUCUCCUAGUUCCCCUCGACUCUCAAGGAGACAGUUACAGUAUGCUGACAAUUGUGAACAGCCAACAAGAGACAAACACUGUGAAAGUGUGAAAAACAAACUCAGGUCCCCUUCGCCACCCCCUCCCCCUGGUCGCACCACCUCCUUACUGAUCAAACCAAAUUACGAAGGAUCACCUCAAGCACAUAAAAAUGGGGUGCCUCAGCCAUCCAUGACAACCACUGUGAGAGGCCCUCCCCCAAGCUACUACACCUCUCUUCAACCAUAUAUGCAAGCUACAUUACCCAUUAAAGAUAAAGACUUAGAUAUGGAUGCCGGCUAUGGUACUGCACUUGCACCUCAGAAACUGGUUGAGAAAACCAGUCAGCACCUUCAAAAGUCCUCUGGCAUGACACCUUUACAGGAACAUUCCAUUACAGGAACUCCCAAGCGGAUCACCACAAAAGACUACCUCCCUCACACUAACUCAGGCUUUGACCUAGAUUCUGAAAAUGCACCUAAAAGCUUAAAGAAUGUCCCUCCUCCCUACAGUGCCGUUAGAGGGUCUUCUCAUCACAGCUCAUUUGCAAGUAAGAGAAGGUCCACCCAUGAAUAUGACCAUCAGUCUGUGCAGAAGCCUUCAAUUAGUUUACCUGUUUCAAUUCAAGAAGCCACUCUGGUGAAAACAGAGCUACAAAAUGUAAAAACUGUUAGUACUGCAAACUCAGUUGUAACGUCUCCAAACUCUUCAGAAAAGAGCCAAAAGAACCGCAUCUCAAUGGGGUUCAAAGGAUUUUUAAAAUCUCCCCCCAGCCAUAAAAAUACUCCCUCUUUGCCAGACAAGCAAGAGAAAGAUCAUAUCAACUUAGUUUCCAAGGAGACUGUGACCUCUCAUGCCUCUAACCAUUGUGACAGUUUGCAGCCCGUGUACAGUAUUGAUUCUCAAACCAAGAUGUCUGUUAAAGAGGUAAAAAGUGAGGUUCACUGUAGGUUACCGGAGGAGGAAGUAAAUCCCGUUCUGACACCAGAGGAUGCAAAUGAAUGCGACAAAGGGAAAAGGAGCAGUCAACUUUUCUCUAGAUCCAUCUCCAUUAACACCAAAUCCCAUCUAAAGCCAGCCUUGGGAAUGAAUGGGGCAAAAGCCAGGAGCCAGAGCUUCAGUACUAACUACAUUGAGAAGCCCAACAUCAAUGUUCUGGAGGGGCAAGGAAAAACCAGAACUCAUAUUAUCACAAACUCAACAGAAAGGGGAAACUCUCUUUCCAGACAGAGUUCCUUAGAGGUACCUAGCGUUGGUUUGAUGGAGAGUCCAAUCUAUUCACCAAGAACGAGAGCCAACAAUCAAAAUGUUGCACCUGAGAGAACCUCUAAAUUAAUCUCCAAAGGGGAUGAAUUUCAGGGCACAGUCAAGGCGCAAACAGUCACGUCACCCUCUCACAAGGAGGCGUGCCGUUUGCCCUUCAGUGAUAAAAAUGGUCUAAAUAACAUCUGUAUGCCUGGAAAAGGCACGUCACACAAUCCGCCUUCAGAAACUUGUCCUUGUAGUUCAGAAACCCUGGUGGGAGAAACAGCAGGCACAAUAACCACCCUUAACGAGGAAGAAUUUAGCUCAGGUGUAAAAACCCAGACAGACUCCCCGAACAAAACCCCAGAUAUAGAGAGCAAAAAAAGCAGUCCAUCAGCCUGCACUAUUGAAGAGAAGGUUAUGAUGGGAAUUGAAGAAAAUUUGCAAAAAUGUCAAGAACAAGAGAAAGUGGCAGCUAGUGAGGCCAAACAAAAAACGGUCCCCUCCCUGGCAAACUGGUUUGGUUUCCGGAAAAGCAAACUUCCAGCUCUGGCUGGAAAGAAAGCAGACUUGCCCAAAGGAAAAGAGGAAAAGAAAGAGAUCAAAAUUGGAUCAAUGCUUGGAGGCAAACAGACCAAGUUGGACAAAAAGAAGGACAGAAAGAAAAAUGACAGUCUGGAGACGCAGAAUCAAUCCGAGUUGAACAACAAGCUGAGCUCCAUCAUGGACCACUGUAACAAUCAAAUGGGCCAGAUUGCCAGUCAGAUCCAGUGCACCACGGGGUUCAUCAGCAAGGACCAGUUUGUGAAGGAGCUUCUUGGCAGGACUGCUGGAAAAGGCAAUUUCGUUUCUACGACGCAAACAGGGAUCUCCACACCCAAGAAACAUUCUGAGAUGAAGGGCGACAUAAAGAUCUGCCCGGAUGCGACUACUCUCCUAAUGAGUCAGAAGCUCAACAUGGAGUGUGACAACAAAGAGGGACGUGUGACAGAUGCAGCUGGUCAAGACCACAUGAUGGGCUCCAGCUGUCAGAUGAGAACACUGGACAGCGGGAUUGGCACCUUUCCUCUCCCUGACUCGGUCACACGAGCCAACGGACGCCACAUCUCAAAAUGUGACUCCAGCCCAGAUGGGGUUUCUACUGAACUCCAAGAUGAGCCUCGCUCCCCUUCUUCAGAAUGCUCACAACAUAGUGUCAAAGUGCCUUCCCUACCCAACACCUGCCUGCAUGCACCUGGAAGCUUGGGUCACUCCUUCUCUGACCCAUUCCUUACUUACAGUGGUUGCAACACGGAUGUCCAGACACGAUUGCCCAAACCAGCUGGAGCAAACAGAACCAAGCGUUUGAGUCUGUUCAUCCCACGGAGCAGUGGUUCAGCCUCAACUGAGUACAAAGACGAUGAAACUGUGAGAAAGAUCAAAGCAAGUGACCACGACAAUACUGCCGAGAGAGCUGUGCGAUUGUGUGCAACAUACUCUGGCAGCAGCAGUGGCAGUGACACUGAGACCGAACUUAAGCAACCUGGAAUGACUUUGAGUCCUCUGCAAAGCUCAAGGAUCAACUGCAGCAAAUCGGUUAACCCAGAAGGACAGUCCUCCUGGGAAGACGGUCAUCUGCCCCAAACGGCCAUGCUCUCUGGACAUCACCUUGGAGUUCCUUAACAAGCUCAAUCACAGCAGUUUGAGCAUCCGCAAAGAGGUCGUCACUGACGGCGAAAGUCUUGAUGCCUUGUGCAGCAACAAACUGGACGAGCCUUCUCCAGUAGCUUCCCGGGCAAGGUUGGCGCUGAUUCAGCAGGCUCCCUCAGUGACUCGCUUUACGAUAGCUUCUCGUCCUGCACCAGCCAGGUCUCCAACCAUGUGUGACGGGAUUUUUCACAACGUGUGAUUAUUUGGGUGUCCAACAGCGUAGAUUUACUGACUGCUGCAAGCCUUCCUGCUGCCAGCUAUGGCCAUGAAGAAUCAAGUUUGAUUUGAGUGACUGCAGUCCUGCACCUCACCUGUUGAUGAAGGGCCCAACAAAAAAAAGCACUUAGAGGCGGAAAGCUAAAGCCAGAGUAAUAGUUUGACAGUAGCAAUACAUAACUCAUUGCAACUUGUGGCAACCUAUUUGUUGGCUGAGUCGGACAAGAGGUUGCUUAGGAUCUCGAGGAAAUGUCAUCUGCUGCUACAAUUCACCUAACUCAAUUUUGUUGUUAACCAUUUUAAUGAGUCGUUCCAAUAACCAAGAAGCGGACAAUUGGUUUAGCUUUCUAAAACAUUGCCGAUAUGUUCUUUUUAAAAAAAUAAUAAAAAUAAUAUAUAUAUAUAUAUAUAAAUAAUUCAUCCAGUAAUAUUAUAGACCUCUCUUGGCUUGUAUCUUCUUGAGAUAAAUGAGGAAGUUAUUCUUUACUUCCUGAACUAUUUAGCACAGAUUAACAGACUGUUUGGUAGCUCAGGGAACAAACUAAACUGAAAUCGAUUGUACCAUCAGGAAGUUGUUGACAUGCAUACAAAUACCAUGACUAGUUUGUUUCUUGAAUUUUGCCACGCAAAUUUAACUUGUGUGUGGUUUUUCUGAAGCAAACCAGAACCAGACCUCACUUUUCAGAAUUUGUAAAUAAAAGUGCUAAAGUUAAUAUCAGAAGGGGCAGUGAUAAUUCAUAUAUGCAGAUAUACAUGAAAAGAUGUGUAAUUUUUUUUGCCAAUCUUUCAAAAGACCUUUUGAAAAUGACCUGUAAUUGUUCUUAUUGAAUUCUUUUGGGGUUCUUGUUUGAAUAUAAAUCUUUAUUUUCAUCAAAAAAAGAGCUGAAAUAUUUUAUUUUAAAAGACGUAUAUAGGUAAUGUUAUGCCAAAUUCCUAUCUGGAACUUGACCAGCUGGUGCUAAUCAACACAGUCGACUGUGUGACCCACCGCCUCCCUUUUUUUCUUUUUUCUUUUUUUUAAAUGAAACUGUUAAUAGUGCGUGAGUGCAGAGAGCUUGUGUAUUUUUCUAGGUGUCAAGUAUUUAUAACCAUGUUUUUGUACUAUCAGACUGUAGAGUGAUUCACCUCUCUCCAUAAAUGUCCUCUUUGAAAUGGUUACCAGCAGUGUUACUUUGGUAUACUAUUAAUUAUUCGUUGUUAUAAUUAUUCCUGUGUGCAAUCUUGUCUGUUACUCUAAUGCUCUAUUUUAUGUAUCUAUUUCCUAAAUAAAUAAAUUAAAAAAAUCAAAAAUAUGUUGCAGUCAAUUGUGCACUGUAUAUCCGUCCAUCCCAGCAUCCACACACUGGAAGGAAAAAUCCCGAAGGGUUAUGCCUGUAAUCGUUUUUUUCCUAACAAUCUGUCAACAGGAGACAGUGUGUGCCAAGAGGACAGAGAGAUUUCCAAGUAGCCCCAUGAUGCUUCAUUAUGCGGCUUGAAUAAAUGCAAUUAGUUGAUCUCCGUUAUGGUGAUUUUGCACCAUAAUCCCCCUAAUAUGUUGCAUUAAUCUGGUUCCACAUAAGAAUGUUCAUGCCUUUAUUCAACUGUUGCUCCUUAUAGGAUGCACAGAGUAAUAAUAUGUCGCAAAACUAUCACUAAAUGCCUUUGCCUUUUCACCUAAAUAGGGGUCUGUUAACAUAUCAAAUUAUUCCGGUUGGCGUAAACAACACUUUUUUUUAGCAGACACUUGAUUUCCCUGUAUAUCACGACCAAUUCCAUUAGUCUUCAACUUGAGUUGUAAGCGCGCAUCUCGCGGCAGUUGGUAUGAAACAACAAAAAGAAACAUAAGUCACACACCUAAGCAUAAGUCGCAGGCCUGGCUACACUAUAAAAAAAAUGUGACAUAUGGUCAAAAAAUGCAGUCAUAAACACUAUAUCUUCAUACAUUUAUGCAGCCAAUGUAGCACGAAGGCCAGAAUAAUUUGAUACUCCUUCAUUAAAUGGUACUCCAUAUCCACCUUUUGCCAUUCAUGCAGCAU